AUGCCCCACCACGAGUCUCCCCCUACCGCCCCGGCUAUCAUGGUCACCAGCAAGUCCGCCGCCCCCUCCGCCGACGAUAUUUCGGGGGUGACAAAGACCAUCUACGGCUCCAAGACGUCCCAGGAGUCGCUGGACGCUGCCUAUACUCUCACAGACCUGCUGCUUAACAGUGUCGGCUUUCGAGGACUGUCAAACUACGGUAUCGUCGCUGAGAUCCUGAAAGCGGCGUCAGACAAGAAGAAUGCCGCCAGACGAGAGGGCGCCAUGUUCGCGCUUGGUGCCAUCUUUGAGCGCUUCCCACCGAAGCAGCGGAUCAGCGAGGUGGUCUUCUUGCUCCAGGAGCAGAGCAUGGUGUCAUGUGCACUCGAUGCGCUGGCGGAUAGGCAGUCUGCGGUAAGAGAAGGAGCAAAGUAUGCGCUGGAUAUCCUCUUCUCGCAUCUGGGACCGGAGGCCAAGGUAUUCGGUCUGCUGCCGCUUUUGAUCAAGUACUUGGGCAAGAGCACGGGCAAGUGGCAGGGCACCGUGGGUGCUUUCGAGCUGAUUGGGCGCAUGGCGGACAAAGCGAAGAUGGGAAUGGAGUCGCGGGAGGUGGAGCAAGAGAAGGACGUCCUGCGAGACGCUAUGGGAAAGAGACUGGAAGCCCUCAUCCCUGUUGUGGAAGCGGGCAUGCACGAUCUCAAGGCUGAGGUGCAAAAGCAGGCUGUCAAGACGAUGAACAGCCUCACCACACUGCUACAGAACGACGAUGUGGCACCGAGGAUACCACUGCUGGUGAAAAGUAUGGAAGAUCCCAGCACAGAGGCGCAGAAGGCUGCGAUCCAUGCGUUGUCGCAGACUACAUUUGUGACCGAGGUCACAUCGCCAGUGUUGGCGCUCCUCACACCUCUGCUGGAGCGCGCACUGAACACGCCAACCACAGCGCAGGAAGUGCUCCGGCAGACUGUGGUCGUCGUCGAGAACCUGACGAAGCUGGUGCACGAUCCUAUCGAGGCGAGAGCUUUCCUUCCAAAACUUAAACCUGGUGUGCAAGCUGUCAAGGACAGAGCGUCGCUACCCGAAGUGCGCGAGAUUGGCAAAAGAGCGCUGGACGUCAUGAAGAAGGCUAUGGGAGAGGACAAGAAAGCAGACGCCGGCGCAAUCGCGGUCAUCGAGCGAACAAAAGCGGAGGAUGUGCAGGCACGCUUGGAGCAGGAGGUGCAGAAGAACGGUGGCUUGCUGAACUACCCGGGCGACUCAGAUGUCUGGUCCCACGGCAAGGUCUUCAUCUCAGAGAUUGUGGCAGAGGAUGUCAACCAGCGGGCACUGGACCGGGUUGUGCAAAACACGACUUCCUACCUUCAGCCGCUCAUGGACUCUGCGGCUGCUGUUGGCGAUGCUCUCCAUACCCUCUACGUCGAAGAGGACAACCGAAAGUUCGGCGCGCCAAUCAAGGAAGACGAUGGUGAGGUCGAGAUCGUGAACGCCAACUUCUCUCUUGGCUACGGCGGCAUGCUGCUUCUCUCUCAUACCAAUUUGCGAUUGUUGAAGGGCCACCGAUACGGCUUGUGUGGCCGCAACGGAGCUGGAAAGUCCACUCUCAUGCGCUCCAUCGCGAACGGCAAGCUUGAAGGCUUUCCACCUCAAGAUGAGGUCAGGACAUGCUUUGUCGAGCAUAACCAGGGCGAGGAUGCCGAUCUGACGAUUCUUCAAUACUGCUUAAAGGAUCCGGAGCUGCAGGGCGAGGGCGAGGAGCGCAUCUCGUCCGUCCUAGCGGAGGUUGGCUUCACAGCCGGACCAGAAGGUCGGCAACACGAGAAGGUUGGUUCUUUGUCCGGUGGCUGGAAGAUGAAGCUCGCCUUGGCUCGGGCCAUGUUGAUGCGUGCGGAUGUCUUUCUGCUUGACGAGCCUACGAACCAUUUGGAUGUCGGCAACGUAAAGUGGUUGGAGGAGUAUCUCAAAUCCCACACCGAGAUCACCAGCUUGAUUGUCUCCCACGACUCCGCCUUCUUGGACGAGGUGUGUACGGACAUCUACAAUUACGAAACCAAGAAGCUCGUCUGCUACAAGGGCAACCUCUCCGACUUCGUCAAGGUGAAACCAGAGGCGAAGAGCUACUACACUCUCUCCGCCUCACAAGUGCAGUUCAAGUUCCCACCACCCGGCAUCCUCACCGGCGUCAAGAGUAUGACUCGCAGCAUCCUCCGCAUGACCAACGCCUCUUUCACAUACCCUGGCUCCGCAAAAGCGAGCUUGAUGGACGUCAGCUGCGCCCUCUCCCUCAGCAGCCGCGUCGCCAUCAUCGGACCCAACGGUGCCGGCAAGUCGACCUUGAUUAAAGUCCUAACCGGCGAAGUCAUCCCCCAGCAGGGCAAAGUCGAAAAGCACCCCAACCUGCGAAUCGGCUACAUCAAGCAACACGCCCUCGAGCACGUCGAAAUGCACAUGGAGAAGACACCAAACCAAUACCUCCAAUGGCGCUACGCCAACGGUGACGACCGCGAAGUCCUGCUCAAACAGACCCGCGUCCUGACUCCCGAAGACCAAGCCCAGAUGGACACACCCAUCGACCUCGGCGACGGCAAGGGCCCGCGACGACUCGAGGCGCUGAUCGGACGGCAGAAGUACAAGAAGAGUUUCCAGUAUGAGGUGAAAUGGCUCAAUAUGCUGCCGAAGUUCAACGUGAUGAUUUCGCGGGAGACGCUGCUAGAGCGCGGGUUUCAGAAGCUUGUGCAGGAGUUUGACGACCAUGAGGCCAGUCGUGAGGGUCUGGGGUUCAGGCAGUUGGAGCCCAAGGUCAUUAGCAAGCACUUCGAAGACGUGGGCUUGGAUCCGGAGAUUGCGGACCACAACGAGAUCUCUGGCUUGUCCGGUGGACAGAAAGUCAAGGUCGUAUUGGCCGGUGCCAUGUGGAACAACCCCCACCUCCUCAUCCUCGACGAACCCACCAACUUCCUCGACCGCGACUCCCUCGGCGGCCUCGCCGUCGCCAUCCGCGACUACCGCGGCGGCGUGGUGAUGAUCUCGCACAACGAGGAGUUCGUCUCCGCCCUCUGCCCGGAACAAUGGCACGUCGACGCCGGACGUCUCACCCAAAAAGGCCACCUCGCCGUGAACCUCGACCGCUUCGAAUCCCCCCGCCCUGGCUCGAGUCUAGCUAGUUCAGCGGUCGCAAGCAGUAACGUGAGCUCGGCCGUGAGUUCCGCGCAAGGUACCCCGACAGGCAGUGGUGCGCAGAGUGAGGCCGAGGGUGCGGACGGGGAGAUGAAGUUCCGCGCGCGCAAGAAGAAGAAGCUCACGCGGGCGCAGCAGAAGGAGAGGGAAGUGCGGAGGAGGCUGAGGCAUAUUGAAUGGUUGAAUAGUCCGAAGGGGACGCCGCAUCCGGUGGAUACUGAUGAUGAGGCUUGA